AUGUCUGCAGUAGAAGACCUAUUAAAGAGCGGAGCAGAUGUUAACGCUCAGGGUGGCUGGUACGGCAACGCUCUCCAAGCCGCUUCAGCAGAAGGCCACCAAGAGACCGCCCAGAUGCUCCUCAGCAACGGAGCAGAUGUCAACGCUCAGGGUGGCUUCUAUGGCAACGCUCUCCAAGCUGCUUCAGCAGAAGGCCACCAAGAGAUCAUCCAGAUGCUCCUCAGCAACGGAGCAGAUAUUAACGCUCAGGGUGGCCACUAUGGCAACGCUCUCCAAGCCGCUUCAGCAGAAGGCCACCAAGAGAUCAUCCAGAUGCUCCUGAACAACGGAGCAGAUAUCAACGCUCAGGGUGGUAAGUAUGGCAACGCUCUCCAAGCUGCUUCAGCAGAAGGCCACCAAGAGACCGCCCAGAUACUCCUGAACAACGGAGCAGAUAUUAACGCUCAGGCUGGUGAGUAUGGCAACGCUCUCCAAGCCGCUUCAGCAAAAGGCCACCAAGAGACCGCCCAGAUACUCCUGAACAACGGAGCAGAUGUCAACGCUCAGGCUGGCCUCUAUGGCAACGCUCUCCAAGCCGCUUCAGCAGAAGGCCACCAAGAGACCGCCCAGAUGCUCCUCAGCAACGGAGCAGAUGUCAACGCUCAGGGUGGCCUCUAUAGCAACGCUCUCCAAGCCGCUUCAGCAGAAGGCCACCAAGAGAUCAUCCAGAUGCUCCUCAGCAACGGAGCAGAUAUUAACGCUCAGGGUGGCCACUAUGGCAACGCUCUCCAAGCCGCUUCAGCAGAAGGCGACCAAGAGACCGCCCAGAUACUCCUGAACAACGGAGCAGAUAUUAACGCUCAGGCUGGUGAGUAUGGCAACGCUCUCCAAGCCGCUUCAGCAAAAGGCCACCAAGAGACCGCCCAGAUGCUCCUCAGCAACGGAGCAGAUGUCAACGCUCAGGCUGGCCUCUAUGGCAACGCUCUCCAAGCCGCUUCAGCAGAAGGCCACCAAGAGACCGCCCAGAUGCUCCUCAGCAACGGAGCAGAUGUCAACGCUCAGGGUGGUGAGUAUGGCAACGCUCUCCAAGCUGCUUCAGCAGAAGGCCACCAAGAGACCGCCCAGAUGCUCCUCAGCAACGGAGCAGAUGUCAACGCUCAGGGUGGUAAGUAUGGCAACGCUCUCCAAGCUGCUUCAUGGGGAGGCGACCAAAAGAUCGUCCAGAUGCUCCUGAACAACGGAGCAGAUAUCAACGCUCAGGGUGGUGAGUAUGGCAACGCUCUCCAAGCUGCUUCAGCAAGAGGCGACCAAGAGACCACCCAGAUGCUCCUGAACAACAGAGCAAAUGUUAACGCUCAGGGUGGCUUCUAUGGCAACGCUCUCCAAGCCGCUUCAGCAAGAGGCGACCAAGAGACCACCCAGAUGCUCCUGAACAACAGAGCAAAUGUUAACGCUCAGGGUGGCUUCUAUGGCAACGCUCUCCAAGCCGCUUCAGCAAGAGGCGACCAAGAGACCACCCAGAUGCUCCUGAACAACAGAGCAAAUAUUAACGCUCAGGGUGGUGAGUAUGGCAACGCUCUCCAAGCUGCUUCAUGGGGAGGCGACCAAAAGAUCGUCCAGAUGCUCCUGAACAACGGAGCAGAUAUCAACGCUCAGGGUGGUGAGUAUGGCAACGCUCUCCAAGCUGCUUCAUGGGGAGGCGACCAAAAGAUCGUCCAGAUGCUCCUCAGCAACGGAGCAGAUGUCAACGCUCAGGGUGGUAAGUAUGGCAACGCUCUCCAAGCUGCUUCAUGGGGAGGCGACCAAAAGAUCGUCCAGAUGCUCCUGAACAACGGAGCAGAUAUCAACGCUCAGGGUGGUGAGUAUGGCAACGCUCUCCAAGCUGCUUCAGCAAGAGGCGACCAAGAGACCACCCAGAUGCUCCUGAACAACAGAGCAAAUGUUAACGCUCAGGGUGGCUUCUAUGGCAACGCUCUCCAAGCCGCUUCAGCAAGAGGCGACCAAGAGACCACCCGGAUGCUCCUCAGGAACGGAGCAGAUGUCAACGCUCAGGGUGGCCACUAUGGCAACGCUCUCCAAGCUGCUUCAUGGGGAGGCGACCAAAAGAUCGUCCAGAUGCUCCUGAACAACGGAGCAGAUAUCAACGCUCAGGGUGGUGAGUAUGGCAACGCUCUCCAAGCUGCUUCAGCAAGAGGCGACCAAAAGAUCGUCCAGAUGCUCCUGAACAACAGAGCAAAUGUUAACGCUCAGGGUGGCUUCUAUGGCAACGCUCUCCAAGCUGCUUCAGCAAGAGGCGACCAAGAGACCACCCAGAUGCUCCUGAACAACAGAGCAAAUAUUAACGCUCAGGGUGGUGAGUAUGGCAACGCUCUCCAAGCUGCUUCAGCAGAAGGCCACCAAGAGAUCGUCCAGAUGCUCCUGAACAACGGAGCAGAUAUCAACGCUCAGGGUGGUAAGUACGGCAACGCUCUCCAAGCCGCUUCAGCAGAAGGCCACCAAGAGACCGCCCAGAUGCUCCUCAGCAACGGAGCAGAUAUCAACGCUCAGGGUGGCCACUAUGGCAACGCUCUCCAAGCCGCUUCAGAGGGAGGCCACCAAGAGAUCGUCCAGAUGCUUUUCAACAACAGAGCAGAAGUCGACUCAAAAGAUACCUCCGGCUGA